AUGGCUAAUGCUUCUACUAUCAUCUGUAUCGGGGUAGUAGUAGGCAUAGUCUCAUCCGCGACCCAGUCGCUCGGGCUGACGCUCCAGCGAAAGGCCAGCGUCGCGCACGAGGAACGCACCAACAAGUCCCUGUAUAAAGACCCAACGUGGCAGCUGGGGCUUGCUCUGUUCCUACUGGCCAACAUUGUCGGCAGCACCGUGCAAAUCGCAACGUUGCCGCUGAUCGUGCUCGCGCCUCUGCAAAGCUGUGGGCUUCUUUUCAACUCGCUGGCGGCUCACUACGUGCUCAAGGAGUACUCCUCGUGGCGCACGCCCGUGGCCACGCUUCUAAUUGUAACCGGAGGCAUGGUCAUUGGCGUCAUGGGGGUCUCGGCGUCCAACUCCCACUCCAUAACCCAUUCACUGCCGCAGUUGUGUAAAUUGGCUCAGGGCCCGCUGUUCAUGCGCUGGUUCGUGUGCACCAAUGCCUUGGUCGGGGUGGUGCUGAUUCUCACGUGGUACAACGCCAAAGCUCUCCCCACUUUCGCCAAGGGCGUCAGUUACGGCUGCUGCAGUGGGAUUUGGUCUGCGCAUUCGCUACUGAUGGCCAAGUCUGUUUCCGAUAUCGUGACACAUGCGGUCGUGCACCGCUCAACAGACCUGGCCACCUCGAGGUUCUGGAUUCUAGUCGCUAUUUUCGUGUCUCUGUCGCUCACCCAGCUUUUCUUACUUAACACCGGUCUGCGACACCUUUCCACUUCCAUUCUGUACCCGUUGGUCUUCUGCAUCUACAACCUCGUCAACAUUUUCAACGGGAUUGUUUUUUUCCACGACCAAGAAGAGCCCAUGGCUAAAGUCGUGGCCGUGAUACUACCGGGCGUCGUAAGCUUGAUUUGCGGAGUCGUGCUUCUGUCCAGGGACCAGUACAUUAUCUCGCAGCGCGAGGACUCCAAAAGCUUACACGACUCACAACACCGCACCAGCAUGCUAUCCUACACCAGUUUGAGACCUAAGAGCGUCGAUCUUGCAUCGCUACAAGCCCCUACAUCCUGUGAUACCGACAGCUCGGACCCAUACUACGUUUCGCUGCCACAAACACCUAAAAGAGACAAGUACAACUCCAUGUCAUCCUCUAAGCGGAGCAGUCGAAGAGUGCUUUCAUUCGAGCAGGAAGGUAUUCUCACACAGUUGGUUUAG